AUGGAGGCACUCUUCCAGGGUUCUUAUCUUCUAACCAAACCUCCAAAAACCGCUAUCAUGGCAAAUUCUCUUCGAUUCAACUUCACUUACUUUUCUUCUUCAUUUUCAUCUUCAGCGCAGUUUUCUAUUCAGAAUAAACCCAGUUCAUUAUCACUGGUUACCAAUGCUACUAAGAAAGGUAAGAAAGAAGAUAGCCAUAGCUUUGUACCCAAAUUCGGUGAAGUCACUGGGUUCUUCCCUGAAUCUGUUCUUCUUAAAAAGAAGGUAGUUGAGGAAGAUGGUAAACUUCUUCCGGAGUUUGAAGAUGAUGAUGAAAGAAAACUAUACGAAUCGUUGACACUUAAAGUGGAAACUGAUAUGAAUGCUGAAUUAUUGCGCCACUACGAGAUUGUUUACUUAAUUCAUGAAAAGCAUGAUGAAGAGGUUGCAUCUGUCAAUGAGAAAAUUCAAGACUUUUUGAGGGAGAAGAAAGCAACAGUGUGGAGAUUUAGUGAUUGGGGUAUGAGAAAGUUGGCUUACAAAAUACAGAAAGCUAAUAAUGCACACUACAUUUUAAUGAACUUCGAGUUGGAUGCGAAAUAUAUCAACGAGUUCAAGACUUUGUUGGACAAAGAUGAAAGAAUCAUUCGACAUCUUCUGGUAAAGAUGGACGAAGCAGUCACUGAAGAUUGCCCUCCCCCUAUCGAGUUUAGCACAAUUGAUGAUGAAGACGAAGAAGAUGAUGAUGAACUUGACGAAUGGGAUGACGAAGAGGAAGAGGAAGAGGAAGAGGAAGAUGGCUAUGAUGACGAUGACGGAGUAAUCAUUGUAGACGAUGAUGAUUUGGGAAUGUUGACCUGA